AUGAAGGAGUACCUCGACGUCGUUGCCAAAGCCUCCGGUUUUGCUUCUGCUGAUGAUGAGUCUUCCCAGCUUGCAAAGAAGGUCAAGCAUGACAUCACGAACGCGCUUCUCGGCAUCAAUGCCCAGGACAAACCAAACCACGCCAUGCUUCACGGCGUCACCCGCGACGUGAAGACACUUCAACUCGCCAUCACGGCAAAUCAAUCAACCACCAGGGCCUCGGAACUUGCCGUGCGCCAGGAUAUGCAGAACCAGAUAGAUUCGUCGCAGAAAGAUCUGAUCAGUGAUGGUCGUGCAGGGGAACGCCAUCAGCGGACGUCUUGGUGA